UGCAAAACUAACUGUGUGACGUCAUCAAGUGCAAUGAAAAGUUCAGUUCGUGCGCUGUUUGUGACUCUCUAAAUUUGAACGAUAAACUGGAGGCCGUGAAUUGAGUGAGUUGGCCUUCGCACAUCACUUAGAGGCAGAAGAAUUCCGGCUCCUCUUCAUGUUGGUCUUGUUGAGCUGUCUACAUACACAAGGAAGAAGUAGCUGCCGUUUACUGUAACGCCAAGAUGGAUGUGAAAGAUCAGGUAUGUGAGGCUGACAUAAAGACCAUGGAGAUACCAGCUGUAAAUAUUAAGGAAGAGAGCUGUGAAUGGCAGCCUGUCCACAUCAAACCGGAGAGUCUCUGCAUUAAGGGCGAGGAUCAUGAACUGGUAACGGUGGGUAUUAAAGAAGAAGAUGAGGAGAUGUCUGUCAGCAUUGAGACACACAGACAAAAAUGUAUGCCGUUUGUUCACCUCAAGGUGAGGUAUGACAUAAAGAAGACUGAGGAAAUGCCAUCUGUUAGAAUUCUGGAAAAUCCGCCAUCACCUAUACUGCAGUCUGGAGAAAGAGAAAAACCUUACUGCUGUUCUCAGUGUGGCAAACGAUUCAGCUGCAGCAGUGCUCUUCAGAGACACAUUAGAAUUCACACGGGAGAGAAGCCAUACUGCUGCUUGGAAUGUGGCAAACACUUUUGUGACAUAAGUGCUAUUAAGAAACACAAAAGAAUUCACACUGGAGAGAAGCCAUACUGCUGUAAUGAAUGUGGAAAACAAUUCUCACAAAAUGCCCAUCUCCAGAGCCACAAAAGAAUUCACACAGAAGAAAGGCCACAUUGCUGUUCUGAAUGUGGCAAACAAUUUUGGGAAAGGAGUUGUCUUCAGAGGCACAUUAGAACUCACGCUGGACAAAAGCCGUAUUGCUGUUCUGAAUGUGGCAAGCAAUUCUCUGACAGGAGCCUUUUUCGGAGACAUGUAAGAAUUCACACAGGAGAAAAGCCACAUUGCUGUUCUGAAUGCGGCAAACAAUUUUUUCUAAGAAGUCGUCUUCAGGAUCACAAAAGAAUUCACACCGGAGAAAAAACAUAUUGCUGUAAUGAAUGCGGCAAACCAUUCCAUCGGAAGGCUAAUCUUCAGAAACACAUCAAAAUUCACACCGGAGAAAAGCCAUAUUGCUGUAAUGAAUGUGGCAAACACUUCUGUCAGAAGAGUAAUUUUCAGAGGCACACUAAAAUUCAUGCAGGAGGAACCACACUCCAGACGGAAUAACAGAAAAUGAGGAGUUAUUAGUUAUUUUGGGAUUUUAAUAGCUAGAUGGGGUAAGUGCAGAUGCCUUAAACUUAGCAUGGGGUAAUAGCGGUUGCUAAACAUUUUGCAUUUAUGGUAUUUCUUUUGGUAAUGUCAUUUUAUUGUUGAUAUAAGUUGACAAAUAUGUACAAUACCACAUUACUUAGGUUUAAUGCACU